AUGGACACGGAGGAGGCCAUUACAAGAACCAUGAAAUGGAUCACAGAGGAGGAAGCCAAGGACGCCGUGGAGGACAAGGAGAUUCCCAACACUGGAUCUAGUGUGACUUCUAGUGGAACAAACAUGGCCUCUAGUACUGUAUCCAGUACAACUGGAGGGAGCAGAACACCUGUCAACACUGGAUCCAGCACAACAUCCGGUGGGAGGAGUACCGCCUCCAACACUGAAUCCAGUGUGACCUACAGUGGUUCCAGCACAGCCUCUGGAGGGGCCAGCACACCUGUCAACACUGGAUCCAGCACAACCUCUGGCAGGACUAGUACAACUUCCCAAACCAGACCCAGUGUGACCUCCAAUACUGAAUCUAGCACCACUUCCAGAGGAAGUAGUACACCUGUUAAUACUGGAUCCAGUGAAACCUCAAGUGAGACCAAUACAGCCUUCAACACUAGAUCCAGUACAACUUCUGGUGGGACCAGCACGCCUGCCAAUACAACCUCUAGUGGAACCAGCAUAGUUUCCAGUACCGGAUCCAGUACAACCUCCAGCGGGACAAGCACAACUGCCAGCCCUGGAUCUAGUGAAACCUCCAGCAGGACCAGUAUAGCUUCCAACACUGGAUCUAGUGUGACUUCCAGUGGGACCAGCACAGCUGCCAACAUUACAUCCAGUGCAACCGCCGGAAGCUCUGGCAUACAUUCUCCAACUGGAACACACACAACUUCCAAUGGCACGAGCACUACUACUCCAGUGAAUGAAGUGACACCCAGUGGGCCUCUGAAACCAUGGGAAAUCUUCCUCAUUACUCUGGUCUCGGUUGUAGUGGCUGUGGGAUUCUUUGCUGGGCUCUUCUUCUGUGUGAGAAAUUCCCUGUCUCUGAGAAACGUCUUUGACACAGCUGUCUACCGCCCCCAUGGUCCCAACCUUGGCACAGGCCCUGAAGGGCAUCAUGGAGUCCACCACAGGCCUAGUUGGAGGCCUAACUGGUUCUGGAGGAGACCAGUAUCCUCAGUAGCCAUGGAGAUGAGAAGGAGAUACAAUGGGCCCUGA